GUUAGGAAAGGAGUAUAUAAGAAGAUUUAGGCUGGGGAGGGAAUCAGAGCCGGGCAUUGGGGGCUUUAUUUUGUUUUUUUCUUCAAAACUGGUUUAAUUUGUAGACUGUAACUCUGCAAAGAGGCGUGAUAUUUCAUAAUACAGUAAGUGGCUAAGAUAUGGUUGUAGUUCGCCAAUAGAAGAAGAAGAAGAAGAAGAAGAAGAGAAAUACUGUUUGGCGGGGAGGUUUGAGGGAAUGUUCCAAACACAUAACUCGUCAGGCUAUUAACGAUGCCUCAGUGGGGCGUGUCUCCUUUCACGAUGACGCCAUCAGCCAGUCUGGUGUCCAAAUGUGUGUCCAGUGGUGCUGUGUCUCAGGAGGCGCUAGACUCUGCUUACUCACAGCAUGGCUCCAUCUUCUCCUCUCAACUGCAUGAAGCUGAGCAGCGAAUGAGAAUGGAGAAAGAACUGGACCAGCUGCAGGUGGAGGUAGAGCUGCUGAAGGUGGAGAAGAUAAGCGUCGAUGUCACACAUCCAACCUGCCUUGCUGCAAGGUUCCACACAUUGCAGACGUUUUGUGCCCACCUCCUGGACGUCCUAAAGGAUCAGAACCGUCUGAAGCAGCGACUCAUGAGACCUCUGGGCCGCACCAACCUGCCAGUCCGGGCACACCUCCACAGGUACCUGGUGGAUGUGGUCAACAUGCUGCUGGACCUUGUGGAGAGGUUGGACGAGAAGAUAAGUGCUGUCAGGAGACGUCCCACUGUCACAGACGACAUGGCUCAGCUGAACACCUCUCUCGCCCAGCUGUUCGUUCUGAUGGUGGAAGUGGAGACGUUGGCCAGUCAGCUUCUCCAGUGGAAGUCCACAGCAGCCUGAUGAGUGACAGUGUCACGUCUUGACACCCCCCCCCCCCCC